GAAGACGUCGCUAACUUUUAAAUGCUAUCGGCGACGUUCGCGAUUCGCUCUCCGCUCCGCCGCGCUCCUCGUUGCGAAUUGCGCGUAAUGUGGUAAGUCGCGUCAAAGGAUCGAGCUUUUCUUUUUCCUUUUUUUCCCGCCCCCGCCGAGAGAGAGAGAAGAGAAGAAGAAGAAGAAGAAAAAAACCCCAAGACUGUGACGGUCGAGGCCUCCGAAGAAAGUUUGCGCGAGGGCCUGUAAACAACAUGUCCUCCGCCUCGCAGGCAUCGUCCCGGCGGCAAUGGUGCUACCUCUGCGACCUGCCCAAGAUGCCCUGGGCCAUGCUCUGGGAGUUCAGCGAGGCCGUGUGCCGGGGCUGCGUCAACUACGACGGGGCGGACAGGAUCGAGCUGCUCAUUGAAACCGCCCGGCAGCUGAAGAGCACCCACGGCGUGCUGGACGGCAGGUCUCCCGGUCCGCAGCAAAGCAAACCCGGUUCCGGCGGGCCCAUGGAAGGCGGGCGGCAGCACGCGGAACGUUUAGACAGGGGCCGGGCCGAGUACGGCGUCUCCUCCCGCCUCCCCAACGGGCUGCACAGAGCCGAGGACGUGGCCGUGUCGGAGGGCAGCCGGCAGAGCCCGAACACUCGCCGGGCCAUGGCGGGGGCCGUUCCCACUCUGCACGGCGCCAUACCUCACGCCCUGCUGGCGCAGGGUUUGGUUGGAGCGCCGCACGGCCUUUUGACCCCGCUGUCGGGCUCCAGAGCCGGAGCCCCACCUCUUGCUUGUUCGGCUGGCCCCAUUAUAAGCGACGCGGGGAGGAGACAGGCGGUGUCUCUGGGUGUAGGAGCGAGCACCUCUACCUUGGUGGGUCUGGAUGCGGGAGUCUGGAGGAACGGCGAGGUGAUGGCUGAGCUGGCGGAGAGCGCCCGCAGCAGGUCGGAUGGUUGGCCGAACCGGCCCAAAGCGGUGCGGGAUGUGCUGGUGACCCUCAGCGGCUGCGUCCCGUUUAACGUGCGCUUCAGGAAAGACCACAACUUGAUGGGGCGCAUCUUGGCUUUUGACGUGAGCACAACUCCUGAGGUGGAGCUGAAGGUGUUUGUGGAGUAUCCCAUCGGCUCUGGCAUGGUCUACUCGGGAAUCCCUGACUUGGUCCGGCAGAUGUUCCGUGACUCGGCCAAAGACGCGGGUAAAGCCGUGAACUCGGGGCUGCGCUACAUGGAGUACGAGAAGAGGCAGGGCACGGGGGACUGGCGUGGGCUCACCGAGCUGUUGAAUGACGGCGUGCGACUGUUCAAGGAGCCUCCCAUCCCAGAGGUGCUGCCACAGCCGUAUCCAGAUGCCGGGAUGCCCAUGGCGACGGCUGGCCGCCCCGUGCCUCCAAAAAGCACAACCCGGCGACGCAAGGCUUCUCCAGGGUCCGAGAACGGAGAGAGCGAAGGGAGAUCCGACCACCCACCUCGAGAGCCCUGGCCCCGGGGUGCCUACCCAGGUAUGGAGCCCCUCCCCGGCAUCCCUGCCCCCCAAGAAGGCCCGCCGCGUCUACACAGCCAGCCCUCGCCCAUCUCCGCUCUCAUGGGGGUUGCUGACAGCCUGAGCUCCAGCCAGAUGGCCCGAGAUAGUCCUAGCAUGUCCGCAGCCCACUCUUCUGCCACCGGGCGGCCAACAAGUGGCAGUCCCUCCACGGCCUCGGCCUCCGUUUCCCAGGCAGCCAUUGGGCCGGGUGUGAGUGCGGGAGGGCCGAGCAACCCCAGUGCUGGGGAGUCGGGAAGCAGCAGUCAGGGGACACUGCUCUGCUGCACCCUUUGCCGGGAGCGUUUGGAGGACACUCACUUUGUCCAGUGUCCCUCCAUUCCCCAUCACAAGUUCUGCUUCCCCUGUACCCGAGCCUCCAUCCGUAGCCAAGGCCCAGGAGGGGAAGUCUACUGCCCCAGUGGAGAGCGCUGUCCCCUGUCUGGAUCCACUGUGCCUUGGGCCUUUAUGCAGGGUGAGAUCUCCACCAUCUUGGCUGGAGAUGGAGAUGUUACAGUGAAGAAGGAGAAUGACCCCUGACCUCUUAACUUUGCGGUGAAUGUGGAUCAAGCAACUUUUUGAAAGCACUUCAGUUUCUCACCCAGAGGUCCACUAGGCUGCAGCUCAUUACACGUGCCUCCUGAGCUGCACACGACAAACCAGAAUAACCAUCAAACCCCAGAAGGACGGCUACGGCAACCGUUCCGGAAAAAAUCUCAACAGGAUCCCCUUUUUGAGGAGAGGGAUACGUGCCUGUUUGACAGGGCUUGGCUCACUUUCAAGGGUCGCCACUACGUUAAGGCCUACUCUACAGUAAGUGCAACAGAUACCCUUCCCUUCGUCCAACGCAACAGAGGCUUUCAUGAAGUCUUGUUUUAAAAGCCUGGGAAUGAAAGCACAGGUGUGUUAAGAAUGACAAUCUGUUUUUUCAUUUGUGUUUUUUAUGUAAGUUGCAGUCUAUGUUCUAUGAAUGAAUGACACCGAUAUUGAUAGUACAUGGUGUUGCAGCAUCAUGCAAUUAUUUAAACUCAAAAAAACAAAUGAAUGUCCUGAAUACGGCAAAACCAUUAGAUCCUUAAAGCCAAGGUUUGAAAAAUGUAAUCACACGUCUCCUAGGUAUUCUCCUUUAUUACAUAUAUUGUAUGUCAAAAAUGUGAAUUUACUUUCAAUGGCUAUGUAAUUUCUAUUUUUGAUACAAUACAAAUUUAUAUGUAUUUGUUUAUAGUAAGUGAUAAGAAGACCAAAGAUGGCUUCGUGCUCUGUAAUUUUAUUGUAUUGUAGUUCUGUAUGCUGUAUUCACGGAUAACCUUGGCAUCAGUCACUAAUUUCUUCAUCUAUGACAGACGUAAGCUUGUUUUUGUCCAUUUACUUUUUGAAUUUUAUAUAUACAUAUAUAAUAUAUAUAUAUACACACAUAUUAUAUAUACAUAUAUAUUAACAUAUAUAUUAUAUAUAAUAUAUACAUAUAUACACACACACAGACACGUGUUUGUGUAUUUAUAUAUUAUAUAAAUAAAAACUAGCACCAUAAUCGUCAAUGGUUAAUGCACAUACUCAUGUGAUCUUAAGAGGUCAACU